AUGUUGAAGCUACACCUAUUUAUCGACAAAGAAGAUUUUUUUUACUUUAAUGAAAAAUAUCUUUAUUUUGUUGGAUUAUGGCCAAAUCGACAUUCUAAGGUGUAUAAAAUUUACGAAAUUGGGUUACACAUACUAGCAAUAAUUUACGUUAUAAUCACCGGAAUCGGUACCUUUCAAAUCAAACACGAUACAGUUGUCCUGAUGGCAAGUUUAGAUAAAACACUUGUCGCAUACAAUUUCGGACUUAAAAUAUUCUUCUUUGUCAUAAAAAGAUCACAGCUACAAAAAUUAAUUGACGAAAUUAAAUACUCCGGUGACAAAGUGAGCGAUGAAAGAGUGAAGUUCAUGGCUGCACACAUAAUUGUUAUAACUAUUUUGUCUACUAUAAUUGUGUCGAUAUUUUGCCUUUUGGCUCAAUAUCAUGGAGAAAUGACGGUUGAACUUUGGGUGCCGUUCGACCCCAUGAAGAGUAAAAUGAAUUUAAUGUUAGCAAAUCAAAUAGCAGCUAUGACUUUUGUCGUACCACAUAUGUAUAGAGCUUUUGCUGUACAAGGCAUUGUAUGCACAAUAAUCAUGUACCUUUGCGAUCAGUUGGAUGAAUUACAAGAAAGAAUAAGGAGCUUGGUAUAUUCUACGGAUAAUGAAAGUGCUAUGAGGGUGGAGUUUACGCAUAUAAUUAAAAAGCAUGUACGGUUAAUGAGAUACUCAAAUACAUUUACGAACAUUUUCAAAGAAUUCUUUUUAAUACAGAACUUAGCUGUGACGAUAGAAUUGUGUCUGAACGCGUUAAUGGUCACAGUUGUCGGGCGCGAGCAGAAAACUCUCUUAGCAAAUUUUAUUGCUUUUCUUUUAGUCGCGUUAUUAAACGCGUACAUAUUUUGUUAUUUAGGUGAUCAGUUAAUUGAAAAGAGCGAAGGUAUAGCAUUAGCAGCGUAUGAGAGUGCAUGGACAUCAUGGCCUUCUGAUCUUCAGAGAGAUUUAUUAACCGUGAUUCGAGCUGCGCAGAAGCCACUUAAAUUAAGCGCUGGAGGCAUGGCUACCAUGUGCAUACAAACUUAUAGUCAGGCGCUGUACAACGCAUAUUCAAUUUUUGCAGUACUCAACGAUGUUGUUGAAUAA